AUGCUUCAUCCCCUUCCUCUAAAGACUACCCACCAACAAACCCAACUGCAGAUUCCAUUGAAUAACCGAUUGAGUAACCAAUUCAUUUUUGAACAAAACUACAGAAACAUCUCCAACCUCCUCCUCUCUCUAACCCGAUCAAGAACCCUCCCCAAGGGCCUCCAAGUCCACGCCCACAUCAUCAAAACCGGAUUCCAAGCAAUCCCGCUGAUUUCCCACUACCUUAUCAACUUCUAUUCGAAAACCCAGCUCCCACUAGACUCCCAACGAGUUUUCGAAGAGACCCAAGUGAAGUCUUCCACCUCUUGGAGCUCUGUCAUUUCUUGUUUCGCGCAGAAUGAGCUUCCUUGUUUCGCCAUCGAGUUCUUUCGCCGAAUGCUUGGUUUCGGUGUUAGGCCCGACGACCGUAUAUUCCCCAGCACCAUGAAAGCUUCCGGGAUGCUUUCGUGGCGUGAGUUUGGGAGAUCGGUUCAUUGUCUUGCUUUGAAAACUGGGUUUGAUGCGGAUGUGUUUGUGGGGAGUUCUGUUGUUGAUAUGUAUGCAAAAUGCGGGGAGAUUAGAGAUGCAAGGACAGUGUUUGAUGGAAUGCCGGUGAGAAAUGUGGUUUCUUGGGGUGGCAUGAUAUGUGGGUAUACUCAAUUGGGUGAGGAUGAGGAGGCAUUGAGGCUGUUUAAACAAGCAUUGUGGGAGGGUUUGGAUGUUAAUGAUUUCACUUUUUCAAGUGUAAUACGGGUUUGUGGCAAUUCUACUCUUCUUGAAUUGGGAAAGCAAAUACACGGUUUGUGCUUGAAGACGAGCUAUGAUUCAUCGAGCUUUGUGGGUAGUUCUCUGGUUGCUUUGUACUCCAAGUGCGGAGUAAUUGAAGGAGCUUACCAGGUUUUCGAAGAGAUACCAGAAAGGAACCUAGGCAUGUGGAAUGCAAUGCUUAUUGCCUGUGCUCAGCAUGCACACAUAGAAAAAGCGUUUGAUUUGUUCAAACAGAUGGAAAGUGUGUGUAUGAAACCGAAUUUCAUAACUUUCUUGUGUGUUCUAUAUGCUUGUAGCCACGCGGGACUCGUUGAAGAGGGGAAGCAUUACUUUGAGCUAAUGAAGGUGUAUGGGAUUGAGCCAGGGGAUCAGCAUUAUGCUUCCAUGGUGGAUUUGCUUGGGCGUGCUGGGAGAUUACAGGAUGCAGUUUCAAUUAUCAAUGAAAUGCCCAUAAAACCAACAGAAUCAGUGUGGGGAGCUUUAUUGACUAGUUGUCGAAUUCAUAAGGAUACAGAAUUGGCAGUUUAUGCAGCGAAUAGGGUUUUUGAGUUGGGUCAGGUGAGCUCAGGGAUGCACUUGCUAUUGGCUAAUGCUUAUGCCGCUGCUGGAAGAUAUGAGGAUGCAGCCAAAGCUAGGAAAAUGCUGAGGGACAGAGGGGUGAAGAAGGAAACAGGUUUAAGUUGGGUUGAGCAGGGAAAUUGUGUUCAUACAUUUGCCGCAGGGGAUAGGCGUCACCCAAUAUCCUGUGAAAUUUAUCAGAAGUUGAAGGUAUUGGGGGAAGAAAUGGAGCGUGCCGGUUAUGUUGCGGAUACCAGUUUUGUGCUGCGAGAAGUGGAUAGUGAUGAGAAGAAUCAGGCAAUUAGAUAUCAUAGCGAAAGACUGGCCAUUGCAUUUGGGCUCAUUACUUUUCCACCCGAAAGGCCGAUUCGAGUGAUGAAGAACUUGCGUGUGUGUGGUGAUUGUCACACUGCAAUAAAAUUUAUGUCCAUGUGCACUGGGAGAGUAAUUAUUGUGAGGGAUAACAAUCGAUUUCAUCGAUUUGAGGAUGGGAAAUGCUCAUGUGGUGACUAUUGGUGAUUUAAUUGUGGGAAUAUGAUCACUUGGACCAAUUUCUGUUUGACUAGGAAAUUAGAAAAGAAACACCUGUUGGAACCAUCAAUGGUUCGGUCGUUUCGACUCCAACACAUUCGUGCACUUGGACCAAUUUUUGCCGAUAGGAAUUUUUUGAAGGAAACACUUGUGCAAGUUUGUAACCAAUAAUGAUUCGACUGUAACAAAUUCGUGCAAUUGAACAGUUUUGGCGCAAAAUGUUCGUGUAAGAUUCAGAAAAGGAAGUUCGUUCAUUAAGUCUCCAAUUCACAAUGUUAUAAGAACUUUCCUUGGCCUGUA